AUGGCCGGCCCAAUCGAAUCCCCGACCCAGUACCAGCGCGACCUUCGAAGCGCCAACCAAGACUUCAAAAGAUCAAAGGACUCACGAUCCAAGUGGUCUAAUGGAGCCCGUCCUCUAGCUGGUUGCCAUCUUGACUGGAACACUCUGGAAGCUGUUGGCGGAACCGAACAACAGCGAGCCAUGAGCCGGCCUCGGGUCAAGAACAGUGAGACCUCUCACUACAAGAAGAACUUGCACAACAUCACCAAAUUCCGGUCACACUCGGAGUUUCCGCAAGGACGGCUGCGCUCGGCGGCUCGUGCGAAGGAACAGAUUAAGGAUCCUCUCAGUCGGUCAGUCAUGAACAUGGCGCCAAUGCAAGAUGUAUAUGGCGACAUUGUUACCGAGGACUGGAAGUACAGCUUCGAUCGGGUUGAAAGCCCCGGUCGACCAGUGACGCUCGAUAUUUUUGUCAAGACGACAGGCCGCGAGACGGAGCGUAUGGUGGAGAAGGAGUACGAGAUUCUUAAUGAGAAUGGUCAGGUUCUCAAGGGCCGCAAGGCUCGCCAAAACCUGCGCCAGGAGGGCGGCCGCAUCUCGGAGGAAGAUGGUUUCCAGCUUGUCUGA